UAGGGGGUAUUGGUUAUUCGGAUUUAUUGUAUGGGACAAUCUUAUGGCUCUUUGUAGAUAUCUCCUGGGUUGACCUCUUAUGUUCAAACAACCACAUCUGAGUUCUGUUCAUCUCAUCACACUGCACCAACCAAACAUCAUCGCCGAUCAUCAUCCUCAACCAUCAUCGUCGACCAUCACCGCCCACAAAAUGUUUCCAACCAGCGAGCCUACUGUUCUAGCCACAGAGCUACACCUGACAGGUAACGAAUUAGACUGCUUGCUCCAGGAUUCCUUCGAAUUUAAUUUUGAUCGGAUGAUUCCUGAUGAAAACGAGAGUAGUAUCCCUCCUCAAACUUGCAAAGCUCUAACUCAAAGCCAGACCACAACCACAGCUUCUGCGGACACCAUCGCCAACGAAACAAAACUCGUCAUCACUAAAACUAAACCCAUCAAUACAACAUCUGGAGCUAAUAACCGCUCGUCAGAGUACGCCUCCAUUCCCAUCGGCGAUGAUUUUUUCAAACUAGAUUUUGAAGAGACAUCUGAUCAACUUGACCCAAGCCAAGUACCAACUUCAAAGUGUUUUUGUUUGUAUUGCAAUACCGCCCACGCAUCCGACAAUCCCAUGAUGAAAAGAUCACCCUCCACCACUCCCACACCCUCGGGGCGCAGCUCUCGAUGUGCAGCUAAGAAGCGUGUCAGUACUAGUCAGCGUGGUGCAAGAGGCGCUUCCGCUAAUCUAGCAUCUGUUACUUCUCGCAGGAUGGCUACGCGUGGAUCCAUUGACAACCGCGAUGGGCCAGAUCUUCUACCCGUAGACGGUCUGUCCAGCAACUCUGCCGUACGUCCAACCACACCAACCGGUCAGAUGCAUGACAAUACUACCACUGCCGCUACCCAAGCUAGCCCUAUGAACCACACUCCCAGUGUAGUCAGCUCCAAGGACACGACUGGUGUUGUUAGCAAGCUUGGACGUAAAUCUGGUCCUACCAAGAAGCGCGACCCCGUGGCUGCCAAAUUUCAAAGUGGCUAUAAAGUUUCUGGUGGUACAACAAUCUCGGACGUUCAACCUCAAGUUAGUAUCAGCAACAAUCGAGCACUAGACACCGACGAAGAGACUAUUAUACCUGAGCUAGACAGCGCCGACGAGAGCAUUCCACUCAUCGCAGACGGCCCUGUUCGCGUUGAGAUACAGCCCAACGACACCUACGGCAAUCCGCAACCUCAAAAGCUAAUUGACGCGUCUGGUAGAACUUUCCUCGCACCCGAGGGUGUCAACUUGUCUCUCGACCCCAGCACUUGGCCCAAAACUCCCUUCGUGGCCCUCGAAGACUACAUUACGAACCAUGGAGUAUCGGACGAGAUGGACCGACUCUACAUGAUGGGGGUGCAGGCUGGUAUCGGCUACGGCAUCUCAGCAUACAAGGAGACUUUGAUCACUGAGUUUCAGUUCACCGGCAAGCUUUGGUCGCAGAUUGUAUCGUUCGCUGAAGGUACUCAAGAUCGCAACCUCCGCGCCGAGAUCCUUCGUGGCAUCGAAGCUUUCGACAUCUUGAGCGCCAUGCAUGCUGCAAACCGAUUCAUCGAGAUUCGCUCCGAGAUCAAGGCCCACGCUGAAGAACUGGCACAAAUUCAUCGCCAGGGUACACAGCCCCCGCCGGUUCUGCAAAGAGGUCCAGUCUCUGGGUUUGUCAUCGACCCUCGCCUAGCAACUCGCACUGACGUUAGGGGCGACCCCGCCACCUUUUUCGCAGAGCGCUCCUUGCCCACGGCCCAGGGCAUCAACAUGCCUAACCAGCGAUCUAGCCUGACAUCUAUGGUCGGAUCCCAGACGUAUGGUGGUUUGGACACAUCUGAUGUUGAUGGUCUCGCUGGCGCCCUGGCCAACCGUGUUCAGUAUCAGCAGUACCAACGUCAGAUGUACGGCGCCAUGAGAGGUGGUCACAAUGCCAGCAUGAGCCCCGGUGCCCAGGCUUACUAUACCACGAACAACGGCAUGACACCCAUCAACACUGCUGCCGCCGCCGCCCACGGUGCCAACCACUCACAGGUCAUUACUCCCACAUUGACCGAGCUUGAGAACGGCCGAGCCGUCAUCAAGAUGAUGCCUCAGAGCGAGCAAUAUCUUUAGAAACAAGCAUACCUCUCACGUUUGCAUCCUGACCAUGUAGGAGAUAACAAUGUUGUCGACUUCUCAAUUCGGAGUCUUGAGUUCUUCACAUCGGUACGGAGGAUAAAAACACAUUUUGCGCUUACCACCCCCUUGUUGUACUUCUUCUGUUUUCGCCUGAGUUUUCCUUUUCCUUUGUGGUUCUCUAACCAGAGCAAUACUUUUCUCCUUCUGUAUUUUGCCCUAAUUCUCCCUUUCCGUCUCAUUUUGUGUUUUCUCGGCAAUGGUCCCUGGUUUUCAGCAGAAGGUGACAGCUCUUUGU